UCUCAGGUCACUCGACUUCGUGGCUAUCCUAGCAAGCGUUAUCCCCCUCUAUAACCGCGACGAAACCACGGUCACGCACGCGAAAUCCUCCGGUGCGGCAGGCACGGCACUCGCGCGCCUAUCCCCAAUGCCCGCGCUUCCCCUGCCCCCGCGGCGGUCCUCUGCGUCACCCACGCCGCAGCAGCGGCCUCCGCUUCGCCCACCUGCAGCAACGCGCGCCGGGGGUAACCGCUCCGUCCUCUGGAAGCCAGGAAGAAGAAGGCCGGCGCUUCUCGCCGCCGUCCGGGCCAAGGGCAAGGACGAGGCUAGCUUCACCGACCGCAUCCUCGACUACAUCGAGGGAGGACCAAAGUUGAGGAGAUGGUAUGGAGCACCCGAUUUGCUUCCCAAGGAUGGGGGAGCUGAGUCUGAAGAGGAUGAGUCUCCAGAUAUCGAGGAGCCUCGGGACGCUGUGCUAGUUACCAAUGGCGACAGUGAGAUUGGACAGAUGGUGAUAUUGGCACUAAUCCUGAAAAGGACUAGAAUAAAAGCACUUGUCAAGGACAAACGAUCCACUGAAGAAGCGUUUGGAACUUAUGUGGAGUGCAUGGUUGGUGAUAUGGAAGAUAAGUCCUUCAUGAAGAAAGCACUAAGGGGCGUUCGUGCCGUAAUUUGUCCAGCCGAUGAUGGCUUCUUCUCUGACUCAAUCGACCUCAAGGGUGUCCAACACAUUGUUUUGGUAUCACAGCUGGUUGCCUACAGAAAUAGUGGUGGUUUGCAAGCUAUUAUGAACAGCAAACUGAGGAAGCUAGCAGAAAGGGAUGAAGAAGUGGUUCUUGCAUCUGGCAUCCCAUCUACGAUAAUCAGGAUUGGUUCUCUGCAAAGCACCCCUGGUGGUGAGAGAGAUUUUGAUUUUACGGAGGGCAUAGCAGCCAAGGGAAGAAUAAGCAAAGAGGAUGCUGCUACCAUAUGUGUGGAAGCUCUGGAUGCCAUUCCCCGAAAGACUCUCAUUUUUGAGGUUGCAAAUGGUGAUGAAAAAGUGGCAGACUGGAAAGCAUGGUUUGUGGAGCAGACCGAAAAAGAUGAGAUACAGUAAAAGCACAAGGUUGAAAGUGCAUUUUUGUCAACCUAUUAGAAAGGAAAAUAGAAAACUGCCCAAAAGAAAGGAUUUAAAGACUAAAAAAAGCAAGUGCUACCUAUGAUCCUUUGGUCUUCCUGGCAAUUUUAAUCAUACAUCUGAACAAACAAAAGUAAGUGGAGAACUGGAGGCACAUCUACCUCAGCCUCCAAGAAGGCUAUGCUCGUCUGCAGUUGAGCUGAAGCUGAAGCUUGAUCCAUUGUUGUGAAUCUGUUCGUUAUCUUGUCCUGUGAAACCGCAAUGAAAAUGGUGUUAUAUAUAUCUAAUCACAUUGUUUUAUUUUCAUAGCUCCCAACUAUCCAUGAGUAUUUCUGUAGACAUACGUAUCUGGUGUUUCUGCAAUUAUUAAGCCCAUACAUUUGUGAGGA